CCUCUUUGAUGUACGGCGAUUACUCACUGUAGCUAGUUCGGGUUCCUCUUCUGCUCGAUCGUUUGACUGGUUUGGCAAUGGUGACAAGGUUAAUUCUCCGCUCCAGAUGGAUCCUCAAUAGCCGCCUACCCUCGAUUUCCACAGAGCCGCUACCAGUGCGAGCUCCGGGGCCGACGCCGGCGCUUCCGCCAGUGGAAAUUGCUACUCUACAUCCCUUCUUUAAGAGGAACAGUUCCAUCGGCCCCAACGUCUCUCAAUUGGGGAUUUCGUGCCAUGCUUGGAACCAGCGCUACUUCUCGACAAGCCAGGCGUUGGUUGACUCUCCUGCCCUGGUGGAGGUGCCGCUCGCGCAGACCGGAGAGGGCAUUGCAGAGUGCGAGCUCCUCAAGUGGUUUGUGGAAGAGGGGGAUCAUGUAGAGGAAUUUCAGCCCCUCUGUGAAGUACAAAGUGAUAAGGCAACUAUAGAAAUCACAAGCCGGUUCGAAGGAAAGGUCCAACAGAUUCUCUGUGUUCCUGGUGAUAUUGUUAAGGUUGGUGAAACUUUGUUGAAGAUUCUCAUUAAUGAAAUGGAGAGCACAUCUGAGGAUGAUGAUAGUGAAGCAUCAUCUGAUUUGCAGCUGAGUGAAUUAGAACCCGAAACAUCAUUAAAUAAUCAGCAAAAUUUGGUGGCUGUUCUUGCUACACCUUUUGUCAGGCACCUCGCAAAGCAAUAUGAUAUAAAUAUAAAUGAUAUUAAGGGAUCAGGUAAAGAUGGAAGAGUUUUGAAGGAAGAUGUCUUGAACUAUACUAAUAGCAAAGGAAUAGGCAAGGAAUUGCCAUUCAAAUCACAUGAGUGUGCUGUGAAUGUAGAUCCAUUUCAAGAAAGGAAAACAGAAUUUACGGCUUCUACACAGCAAUGGAGUUAUGAGGACAAGGUCCUUCCUCUCAGGGGAUUCCAGAGAUCAAUGGUCAAAUCAAUGACCGUGGCUGCAAAAGUUCCACAUUUCUAUUUCAUGGAAGAAGUGAAGUGCAAUGCGCUUGUCGAACUCAAAGCAACUUUGCAAAAAGAAAACACCGACCAAGAUGUUAAACACACAUUUCUACCAUUUCUUAUAAAGUCUCUUUCUAUGGCAUUGAACAAAUAUCCUCUGAUGAACAGUUCAUUUAGUGAGGAAUCAAAUGAAAUUAUUCUUAAAGGAUGCCACAACAUCGGGGUUGCCAUGGCUACUCCAUAUGGUUUAGUUGUGCCAAACAUAAAGAAGGUUCAAUCACAAUCCAUAAUGGAGGUUACAAAAGAACUGGCAAGGCUCCAACAACUGGCAAUAUGCAACAAGCUAAGCACUGCUGAUAUUACUGGUGGAACAAUAACCCUUAGCAACAUUGGAUCUAUAGGUGGAAAGUUUGGCUCCCCAAUUCUCAAUUUACCUGAAGCUGCCAUUAUUGCAAUUGGGAAGAUUCAGAAACUUCCCAGAUUCUCUGAUGAUGACAUGGUAUACCCAGCUUAUGUUACCAAUGUUACAAUUGGAGCUGAUCAUAGAAUUGUUGAUGGUGCCACUGUAGCUAGAUUUUGCAAUGAAUGGAAGCUUCUGAUAGAAAAACCAGAGCUGCUCUUAUUGCACAUGAGAUGAUCUUAAGGUGGUAAGCACACAAAUUCCUGCCUUUGGCUAUUAAUAAAGCUCAUCAUACAUUGCAUGAGAAAAUGAAAGGUUCAUGAAUGUAUGGUUGAAGUUGAACAGAUGUAGAUUUAGGUUUCGUUUGGAACGAUUUUUUUAUUACUUCUUAAAACAUUU